UUUCCGGCUCACAGAGGGAACAUGGCGUUUCCAACCAUGAUCCAAUCGAAGGUUAGAAUCCUGCUGAGGCUGCUGCGGAGCAAACACACGGCAGGAAGCAAGGCAUUCCGUUCCAGGCUGGUUUUAGGCAUCGAGACGAGCUGCGAUGAGACUGGAGCUGCUGUGAUGGACGAAACUGGAGCCAUACUGGGAGAAUCCCUGCAUUCCCAGAAGGAGGYUCAUCUGAGGACAGGCGGCAUCAUCCCGACUGUAGCUCAGGCUCUGCACAGAGGAAGCAUCGAGCGCGUGGUGCAGGAGGCUCUGGACCGGAGCGGCGUGACGCCGGCCCAGCUGGCCGCUGUGGCCGCCACCGUGAAGCCCGGCCUGGCUCUGAGUCUGGCCGUGGGCCUGAGCUUCAGCCAGCGCUUCGUGAGGCACCACAACAAGCCGUUCAUCCCCGUCCACCACAUGGAGGCCCACGCCCUGACCGUCAGGAUGCUGCAGCCGCUGCACUUCCCCUUCCUGGUGCUGCUGGUGUCCGGAGGCCACGCCCUGCUGGCCGUGGCGCGGGGCGUCGACGACUUCCUGCUGCUGGGCCGAACGCUGGACGAAGCUCCAGGAGACACGCUGGACAAGGUGGCUCGCCGUCUGUCCCUGAGGAAACUGCCGCGCUGCGCCGCGCUGAGCGGCGGCCAGGCCAUCGAGCUGCUGGCGCAGGAYGGCGACAGGACGAGGUUCCGCUUCAGGACGCCGAUGGGACAAACGCCUGACUGCUGCUUCUCCUUCGCCGGGCUGCGGAACCAGGUCACCUUGCUGAUCCAGAAGCAGGAAGCCGAGGAAGGUAGGACGGUUCUGGACUUCCUGUGCAGCUUUAGCCUUCCUGACCACAGCGAUCCAUUUCCAGGCGUAGAGGAAGGAACGGUGCUGUCGUGUGUGAACGACAUCGCUGCCGCCACGCAGCACACCGUGGCCUCACACCUGGCGAAGAGGACGCACCGGGCCGUCCUGUUCUGCAGAACCAACCGUCUGCUGCCGUCACGAAACCCGACACUGGUGUUGUCCGGAGGCGUUGCCAGCAACCAGUACAUCCGUAAAGCUCUGGCGGUCGUCGCCGAGGCGACCGGGUUGCGGCUGCUCUGCCCUCCGGCUCGGUUCUGCACCGACAACGGAGCGAUGGUCGCCUGGAACGGAGUGGAGCGUCUGAGGGAAGGAAUCGGGAUCUUGGCGCCGGAGGUGGAGGUCAGCUACGAGCCCAGAGCUCCGCUGGGCGUGGACAUCACAGCCCAGGUGAGGGCCGCYGCCAUCCGGCUGCCGUCCAUCCGGAUCAAGAUCCCAGACUGACCGGCAGAGCUCCAUCUAUCCAAACUGUGCAGAAAUGAGAUGUUUAUUUAUGAAUAAAGUAUUUUAAUAUGAA